AUUAGAGGCUCCAUUAGCUGCCUAGCGGGAAGGGUUUUCAGCCCCCUGGAUCCUGUAACUUCACAUCUUUGUUUUAGUCCGCUAAGUUUGUUGCUCCGUCGCUAACCUCAAUUCAUUGUCUCCCCUCCCUCGUCCCACAUGACCUCUUCCUCUCCAUCUUUAACUCCUGUACCCAUCGCUUGUCCACAAUUCUUUGUCGCAGUAUUUAAACCAAAGCAAGUACUGUAAGAACCAACCAAACAGAAAGAGACGGGGGAGGAGGAACCCAAGAAGCUGAAGCCGAGGCAGCAGGUAGUGGACGAGCGGAAACCAAUCAACCCUCCUCUCCAUUGACCUGUUAGCCCGUCCCUCCCUACCCAACCCCAUCCUUCUUGAUUUCUUCUCGGGGCAGAUUCCGAUCUCGCGGCGAGCAACCGCGUCUUCCACAUGCGGAGGCGCAGCUAGGCCCAUCCCAUGCCACCUGAGCAGGGGCGACGUCUCCGGGGAGCAGAAGCGCCAUGCCGUGCUUUCGGUUCGCGAGCUGGGAGCGGGAACGGGAGCGGGAGCGAGAAGAACGGCGUGGGACGGCGACGGCGCGGUCCCUGUCCGCGCGGUCCACAAGCAGCACGACGUCCACGGACCGCGAGGUGCGGCGGUCGGGGUCCGAGUGCUCCCUCAACGCGUCGGAGCUCAGCAGCGCCGGGUCGUUCAGCCGGUGCCGGCAGCUGUCGCUGUCGCAGCGGCCGACCAACAGCCUCCGCAUCUUCACCUUCCAGGAGCUCAAGAGCGCCACCCGCGGGUUCAGCCGCGCGCUCAUGCUCGGCGAGGGCGGCUUCGGCUGCGUCUACCGCGGCAUCAUCCGGAGCGCGCUCGACCCGCGCAGGAGCCUCGACGUCGCCAUCAAGCAGCUCGGCCGCAAGGGGCUGCAGGGGCACAAGGAGUGGAUGACCGAGGUGAACGUGCUCGGGGUAGUGGAUCACGCGAACCUGGUGAAGCUCAUCGGCUACUGCGCCGAGGACGACGAGAGGGGGAUGCAGCUGCUGCUCGUGUACGAGUUCAUGCCCAACGGGAGCCUGGCGGACCAUCUGUCGGCGAGAUCGUCGCGGCCGGCCUCGUGGGCGAUGAGGCUGAGGGUGGCGCUUGAUACCGCUCGAGGGUUGAAGUAUCUCCAUGAAGAAUCUGAAUUCAAGAUCAUAUUUCGUGAUCUGAAGCCUUCGAACAUUCUUCUCGACCAGAACUGGAACGCGAAACUGUCAGACUUUGGCUUGGCGAGAUUGGGACCGCAAGAAGGAAGCCAUGUUUCCACAGCGGUGGUGGGGACUAUAGGAUAUGCAGCUCCUGAAUAUAUCCACACAGGACGCCUCAGCACCAAGAAUGACAUAUGGAGCUAUGGCGUGGUGCUUUAUGAGCUCCUUACAGGCCGGCGACCUCUGGACCGGAACAGGCCACGAGGCGAGCAUAAUCUUGUGGACUGGGUGAAGCCCUACUCUUCCGAUGUUAAGAAGCUUGAGACUGUAAUCGAUCCGAGGCUUGAAGGGAAUUACUGCAUAAAGUCAGCAGCCAAGCUUGCAUCAGUGGCAAACAAGUGCCUGGUUCGCCAUGCCAGGUACCGACCGAAGAUGAGUGAGGUACUGGAGAUGGUGCAGAAGAUCGUUGAGAGCAGUGAGCUUGGAACACUGGAGCAUCCCCUGAUCAGCAAUUCAAAAGAAUUAGUAAGUGAUGAAAAGAAAAGAAAAUGCCUCGACUUGAAGAGAAGAGUUGCAGAUAUUAAAGCUGGGGAAGGGAGAUGGUUUGCAUGGCAAAGGUGGACGCCCAAGCUUCUGAGAACACAAUGAUUCACAGUAUCAACAGAUGAGGUGUUUCGUGCAUGAUUUGACUUGCAUAUAGUUUAGCAAAAGCAGCAACUGAAAUGUCACCUGAAGUUGUCAUUUACCAUAUAAGUCAGAGAGCAUGACAAUUGUAAACAAACUGUUUGGUGCAGCCCAGUGCGGCCACCACUAAAUAAUGGAUAGGUUUACAUUUUCUGGGAUCACACAUAGGCAGUCUUCUCCACCACUUGAGGUUCCAUGUUUUUUUAUCAUAGCUUAAUCAAAGAUCAAGUAGUCCUUUUUUAGAGUAGAAGUCUUAUUAUACAGUUUAAGUUGGUUUCGUGGAGUGACUUUUGAGUUGUAUUAAGUGUCAAAUAAGAGCAUUCAGGUAGUGCCUGUAGCUCAUUGCUUCCUGAGUUUGCCGGUGUUGUGCUUUGUGCGCACUGCGCAUGUACCUGUAGAAUUUCUGUUUCUCUAUAAUUGGCACAGCUGAUAUGCAUGAAAAGAA